AAUGCAUCAAACUUUGUACAACCCAAAGUAGCCAUUGAUGUUACAAGAGCAAAUACAUUUCAAUCCUCCCAUCCAGGGAGUACCCAUGAGGCUGAGAACAGAUACAAAAGAAGUGAACCAAGGAGUUAGUUCCCACCUCCAGGAGCAAACACAAUUCAGCCCUCCCAUCCUGGGGGUCCUUUUGAGACUGAGAACAGAUACGAAAGGAGUGAACCAAGUAAUCAGUUCCCACCUCCUAGAUCAAUGGAUUACCAGGGACAGGCUACAGGAGAACCAGUUAGGCCAGAGCCUUAAAGCAUCAAAGCCUCCUCAGCAACCAGCAGGUCCCGAUGUACCAGGUACUACAGUACCUAGUUACGGAAUAUUCAGCACUCCAAAUGCAAACCCCCUUGAAAAACAUGGCAUAGCAGCAGGAGCGCAGAACAAUGAAGGAAAUCUCAAUAUAGUUCUGCAAGUAACCGUGGCUCGGGAAGAAGUCAGAACUUACCCGAUUCGAAACCUGAUGAUUGUCAAAAUGGAAGUAAUAGUGGCCAAUGGGGAUUUUGAAUAUUCAGUAGACUAAGCUCGAGUAUAACUUCAAAAGAAAUAUUUAAGCCAAACUAGAUUUCCAAGAAACAAUACGUUCUACUUACAAUUGCCUGAGAUACCAGGCAUUAUAACUAAAGUAUAUCAUUUUUU